AUGGUCGCCACGCUUCAGGACAUAGCUAUGCGUCUAUUGGUGGAUUCACUUGAGAAGUGGUCUAUCGAUUAUUACAAUGGGGACAGGAGUGGAAAACAGAAAGUAAUUCUGGAAAAUUCGAUGGGUAGUGGAUUCAAGUGUCAUGAGAAACUCAGCAACACGCUUUUCGUAAAUUUGAUAAUGAGACAGUUUGAAUUCCCGCCUGAUAUGACUUCUGAAAUGUGGAAAGUGUGCAAUGUAACCAAAGUAAAUUGGAUUUACAACACGGAGCCGAUGAUCGUUUAUGGUUUUGAAUUGAAGGAACUUCGAUUGAUGAUUCCUUCAAGAAAUAAAGAUGCCGUGCUCAAAAUAAGGGAACUGUUGAAUCAAAAGAGUGCCGACAAGCUGAAACGAUUGGUCAUUGAAUUUGAAAAAAGGAGAGCUCUUUCAACGGAUGAAAUUCGAGAGGCGCUGGAAGGGUGCAGGGAAUUAAUAGAGGAAAAUACCCCCAUGCUUCCGAUGCUUCAAGAACUGGCACUUAUCCGAUGCGAUCUGUCCAAUGAUGUCUUUGAGUUCAUCCAUAAGAACUGUCCCACACUCAAAAAACUCAAUAUUUCUUUCACGAAUCUUACUGAUCUUACAGGAAUAUCUGUUUUGGAGAAUCUGGAGUCUUUGGCGUUGGAGGGAAUAAUAUUCGAGAAGAAAGAAGAUUUGAUGGAAAUUUUUGAAUUGAAAAAGUUGAAGGACUUGGAUUUGUCUAUGCAAUCUCAGAGAAUUGAUUUCGGACCUUCUCGUGCGCGAUUCGACAAUUUAAAAUACUUUCGGCAGUGCAUGGAUCUUGGAAAGGCUCUUCCAGAGCUGAAAUACAUUGAUUGCUCUUAUAAUGCGGUAGAUGAGACGGAAGAAAGACCCUUUAACAUUCCCAACCGCAAUGUGGACUUUCUAAUGGUUAACGAUUUGGCGAGUACUCUAGAAUAUAUUGAAUUUUACAAUUCACACGACGUGGAAGCCAAGGAGUCUCACGCAUUGUUUGUCUUUUUCCGAAUGGGUAUUAUUUAUAUAGAUAAUAACAUGAGUGAGAUGGAGAUCCGAAGAAGUGUGGAUGGUAUAACUAUGUUCAUGAAAAAACAUUCUUAUAACGGAAGGAUUUUGUACGUAGCUGCCUUCUGCUUGCACUUGAUUUGCAGAUAUAACGACAAAUAUCUUACCACUACCCAUCGGCAAUCGAUUAUUGAGCACGUUCUUUUUCCAAAACUAUGGACCAUUGAACAUAACCAUAAACUGAACAUUCGCUAUCAUUGUUCCGAAACACUUGUAUCGAAAUCAAUGAUCGAUACUCCUGGGAUCAAAGCCGACAUAUAUUGUAGGCGUGCCGCCGAUUUACUUAUGGAGUGUGAUUUCUUGGACCUUCCUUUCGAAUCCUGCAUGCAUAUACUCUGCGAAUUCUUGGAAGACGUAACUGAAGAAUGCUAUUUGAAGUUAUCUGGAGACAAUGCUUUGAAACUGACGAUCUCCGAAAUUUCAACGCAUCACGUUAACCCACUAAACAUUGCAGUUCUUAUCAAGUUGCUCAAUUGCCGUGGAAAAGAAAACAAAGAGAUCAGUAGAAAUUAUGUUCAAGCCUUUGCUAACACCAUGCGAGAAUAUCGAGAUUACGGUACUGUGGUAAUGCUUGGUAUGUUAGAGGAAACUACAUUGCAUUUGGAGUUGAAUCCACUCAACGAGAUUUUCCCGUGGGAAAUCUUCGCCUUUUUGGAAGAACUUCUGGCAUCGCCUGAUCUAGAAAUUCGACGUGCCACGGCUUCUCUACUUGUCACUCUAUACCAUCAGUACAUGUUUCCCAGAGAUAUGGAUGAUAGCGUUAGAUCUGAAAAGAAAGAAGACCUUAUCUCAAAAAUAGUGGAUUCUGUCGAAAAGAAUGUGAAAGAUGCAUUUCGACAUAUCAAGAGAAAUUCGAAACACCCGCAAGCAGUUUUGUGCAUGAAUUGGAUUUUGGUACAUUAUGUAUAG